CGGCCCUUUUUACCUACCCCACAACGUCGUCAUUUGUUACUACCUUGCAGAUCGACAGGGGGGCAAGGCGGGAUAAACAAUCAGCAUGGAGACAAAAAGGGAUUUCCGGCACUCCAGCUUUCGGUUGAAUACACCAUCGAUACUCCCCCGCCACAGCCGGGAGCAAACAGUUUGAAGCCCCCCCAACAUCAUGAGGGCCCCAUCACUCCGCGCCGCCACCUUGGCCGCCGCCGCCGUCGCGGCGCCGGCAGCAGCAGCGACUGAAGCGGGUCGGGCGUUCGACUACGUCGUCGCGGGGGGCGGGACAUGCGGGCUCGCGCUGGCGAACCGGCUCUCAGCCGACGCGCACGCGAGCGUCGCCGUCGUCGAGCCGGGGAGCGACGUCCGGGGCAACGCCAACGUGACCGGGGUCGCGCGCUGGCUGGACACGCAGGGCACCGCGGUCGACUGGCAGUACCUGUCGGCGGCGCAGGCGGGGGCGGGGAACAGGACGGUUGUGUACCAUGCUGGGAAGGCGGUUGGGGGCACGAGUGCUAUUAAUGGAAUGACCUACAUCCGCGGAGACGCCGCCGAGAUCGAUGCCUGGGAAGCCCUUGGGAACGACGGGUGGAAUUGGGAUGCACUUUACCCGUACUACAAGCAAGUCGAGCACUGGACCCCGCCGACGGCCGCCCAGGUAUCCGCGGGGGGAACGUACGACCCCGAGUUCCACGGCGAUGGAGGGCCGCUCGACGUCUGCUUCCCACCGGAGCUGUCCAACGGCAGCUUCUACCAAGUCGCGCGGGACACGUGGGACGCGCUGGGAUACCCAAAGAUCCGGGACGUCAACGGCGGGAGCGUGCGAGGCUUCGACGUCUGGCCCAUGACCGUUGACCGAGACGCAGAUGUGCGGGAGGACGCGGCGAGGGCUUAUUACUGGCCGGUGGCUGAUCGGCCUAAUCUGACGCUGAUCAAGGGGACGGUGACGCGGCUGCUCUGGCAGGAAGAGACAACGGCGCAUCCUUGCGGUUCCGGCGGCGUUAGUGCAAGUGGUGUUGAGUACCUGGACUCGGACGGAGUUGUGCGGGUGCUUGAGGUCAAGAAGGAGGUGAUACUCUCGGCUGGAUCGCUGAGGACGCCGCCAAUUCUCGAGCGUUCUGGCAUCGGAAACCCAAGAAUUCUCGGUAAGCUGGGCAUCGACACGGUUGUCGAGCUUCCUGGAGUUGGAGAGAACCUGCAGGACCAGCCAAAUCUCUCCUUGGUCUACUCGGGGAAGAUCAACGAGACUGGAUAUGUCCCCUACGCAACGUUUGCCACGGCGCAAGACGUGUUUGGAAACAGUAGCUCCACCAUUGCCUCAACGACCAGAUCGAGCUUGUCUGAAUGGGCAGAGCGAACAGCCUCGAGGACGGGAGGGGGUCUCGACGCCGGCGCCCUAGAGAAGAUCUUCCAGGUCCAGCACGAUCUCAUCUUCAAGCGGAAUGUCACCAUCGCAGAGAUCCUCACGACGGCGUCUGGCGACCUUCUCGUCUCCGCCUUCUGGGCCCUCCUGCCUUUCUCCAGGGGAGGCGUCCACCUUCGAUCGACGUCGCAUGACGAUGUUGAUGAUCCGGUCAUAGACCCUGCAUUUUUCGACAUUGCCUUCGAUCUCGACACGCAAGUGGCUAUCGGUAGGCUUGCGCAGGCGUACUGGGCGGAGAUGCCUGUGGCGGACUUGGUGGUCGAGAAUAUCUCCCCAGGGACAUCUGUCCUGCCGCUGCCCGCGAGCGACGAGCAGUGGGAGUCGUUGGUCACGGAAGCGUUUACUCCGAAUUUUCAUCCGAUAGGAACAGCGGCAAUGAUGGCAAGAGAGCUUGGGGGAGUGGUUGACCCGGAGCUGAGAGUCUACGGGACGGGGAAUGUCCGCGUCGUGGAUGCCUCUGUUCUGCCGCUUCAGAUCAGUGGCCACCUCACAGCGACACUGUAUGCAGUGGCAGAGAGGGCUUCGGAAAUGAUCCGAACGACGACUGGGUGAUUCGAUUGAGCUCUGAUAAAACCGUGAGGAGUCUGAGCUUGACUUAAGUGUCUGUUUCCAGGGUUUUGUCUUUUCUGAACCUUGAAAAUAUCUUGCCCAACAAGAAG